AUGGAUGCGAGUCGAUCUUCGCUGCGCUCAAGGCAAUACGCGAGGAACACGGCUGUCAAGGUUACAACGCUAGGCUCGGGCACGUUACCAGGAACUCCCCACGUCGAGCCUCUUGGCGCCAGCUCGGCUGGCAACUGUUAUCGCACGUUCGCUUCCGCCCUCACCCUUUCUUCGCACCCACCUCUUCCGUUCGAUCCCUUGCUCCCGCUUCCGGCUUCCCACCUCGCCGUCCUCGCUCUCGGAGAUUGGACGUCACUCGAUCUCGUCUUCUUCUCCAACCGCUCUCCACCGAGCCCUGUCGGCGAGCCACGUUCCGGCGAUUAG